AUAGCUCAAUGUCAACCCCACGCUUUCGGCGCACACUGCAAAACGUUAACUCAGUGAAAGCGACUUGGCAGGAAAUGCUUACGUCUAAAUCUAUCGAAACGGUGUUGUAAUUCAGUUCAGAUUCUACGCUUAUUUUGUGUAACACGAGGUAACCAGGUCUGGUUUCGGUUUCGAUUCUCUUUGGCAGCCCUCCUGCCCCCUGGUAGGAAACGUGCGGGUUAGAAGAAAGCAAAACCAAAAGCAAAACGUAUUUCGGAGGUCGCCAGUUUUUAAAGUUCGCGUUGUCGGAGGCCGUGAAAGUUUAUGUGCCAAGUUCUGAGGGCCGAUGUGCGUGCGGGUGCGAGAUGAACGUCGGGGCGGCCUUGCUGCCAGGAUGCGAGGCUAUCCUUUGCUUCAUCAACAUCAUCCUCCAGCUGGUGUCCCUGCCCCCUUCGCACUGGGGCACCUUUCAGGGACUCACGGAGUUUGGGUCGGUGCUAGAGCGUGGACACUUCGGCCUGUGGUGGGUGUGUGCGGAGCGGGUGCCAUUCUUCUUCGAGGAUUGUGACUCCCCAUCCAGCCGCCUGUCCCUCACAGGCCUGAGCACAGCGGCCGGCGUCCUGGCUGUGUUCCACCUGCUGGCGCUUCUGGGCUUCCUGCCCCUGGCCUUGAUCCGGGUGGUGCAGUUGGCACGCAAUCUCGACGAAGGAUGCUUCGACGCGCGCUUCAUGUGCCUCACCAAGAUCACCGUGGCGGUCGUCGCGCUGGUGCUUGCGGUGGUGGUGGUGGUCCUCGGCAGCAUGGGCACGGAGCAGCCGAGAUUCUACCAGGUGCAGAGAGACUGGGCUUUCUGGAUUCAGGUGGUUAUUCUGGUGAUCGACAUCUUCCUGGUGCUGAUCUGUGCCCUCGAGAACAUCCAGUUUUGGCGACUGCAGACGAUGCGCGAAGCGGCCACCGCGUCCUCGAGCUACCGCGAAGGCGACGACUUCUCCGAGACCUACAGCAACCCAAACUUCGACCGCGGGCCGCCAGCACCUUAUCCGGCCCAGGUGCCUCAAGAGCGCCAGCCGGCUGGCAGCCAGCCGCCCUACGAGCCGCAGCCGACAUACGACUCGCAGCCAACGUACAACCCCCAGCCGACGUACGGCGCGCAACGGGACGAUGACGACGAAAACGGGUCGACAGCCAUGCUGCCGCCGCCGCCGCCACCGCCCCCUCUGGAGGGUAACGGGACGGACGGCAUUGUGAGUUCGGGGAGCCGUACGGUGAUAUCGGUGAACAAUGGCGCCGACCUCACGUACCAGAACCCGACGUUUGAGGAGAGGUCGCCCACCCAGCGACGAAGGCCCAACGGAGAGCCACGCUACGGGAAUGUGUAGUGGCGCGCCAUGGACUGGAACUGGUGUCGGGGGCGGUUUUCGGGCUGUCGGUGCCAUGAGGCGCGAGCCGGAGUCGCACCGCUAAUACGUCGUACAAAAGACGAGGCGUUCACUGCAGACACAAUGACACAUUUAUCCGCAAACACAUGUCGAGCAUGUUUGGAGCGCGUUUCCUUCGUACAUUUAGAUUCUUCAGACAUAACUGCAGACGAUUUUUGUAUUGUCAAUGUGACUGCACCGUCACACAUGUAAGAGGCACGCCUCAGACAUUGUCUGCAAACUUUUGUAUGAUGCAUAAGCUGUGUUACCAUGGCUUUACGGUGUGCUCAUCACGCGGGACAACGUAUUCAUGCAUUCGCCUACACGUAGCAUGUGGUGCGGCGUUAUGUCGGAAAUGAGGAACACAAAAAAGAAAAGCGGGUAGGAGGGACUCGCGAAAAGGUGCCUCAUCAGGAAUUCCAGGAUGGCAGGCGACGUAGCUCGUUAGGAGCACUUCUUUACCCCGUUUGAACUUACAGUGGAAUUCGAUGGGUGCUACGAGCUGUCGAAGCCGAUCCCACGCUGUGCGAGUGUUGUGUGACCUUUAGGAGGGGAGCAGAGAUCCGCAGGGUGCGCAGUCACGCGACACCUUCGUGGCGCCGGGUCGGCUAGGAUGGCUAGUAGCGUUCGCUGCGGUUCAUUGUAUGGCGAUGCGGAGUACAGAGAAUGUGGGCUUUCAUUUCGAGUUUUCCCGGGAGCUAGCCUUUCUCGCAGCAAGUUAUAGGGAGGUGCCUUAGUCCAGCUUGGUCUGCCGUAAUGAAAAGGACUGCUAGCCGUCUUCGAUUUGGGCCAGGUCGGUAACGAUUGAAGACUGUGAAAGUGGGCGGUCAGGAGUUGGUCAGUAGGCCAUGCAGAGGUAUUUAGGCUUACACCGACACUUCCAAAGCUGAGCGACUUUUUGACUUGGAUGCCUCCCGAGAUCUGGCAGGUUCGCCGAACAUUGUUGCAUGUCCCGUGAUGAAUGCCUCUAAAACUUCUAUACCUCCUGAAGUUGGGCAGUGCAGACACAUAGGUGUCCAAGUUGGAGAAGUUUAAAUUUCAGAAGAAAAAAAAAAUAUAGGAGCCCAAAAAGAAGGAAAGAGUGACUUGGUGGUGGUCUCGGGCAGUGGGGUGUCUUUGCCUGGCUGCCUUUGAGGAAGAAGCACAUCUAGUGAAACUCCUGGUUGAGGCAGUUUCAGCACUUCUCUUCCACACUAUCAACCACUAUACAUUCUGCCCUCAAAAGGCUUUGCGUGACAGGCCAUCAUGGGCGCAUCCUGCUGUCUGUACAAACAUGAAGGUCAAGGAUGGUUACAAUCUCGUUGCCAGAGGUAGGUUUUGAUAGCCGUGGGUGUUCACGCAUGGAGGAUGAAGAUUAUGCGACAAUAAAAAGCCCAGAGGAAGGAAAGCUUAGGGCUUUACGACUGCAGGACGUGCAAAACAGUUUGACAGUCUUCGACUAUCGUGCCCAUACGGUCGGUGUGACACAUGGCACUCGAAAGAUGGUAAGGUAGCUGAAGCCGAUAAGGCGGCCGAGGGCAAACUCUGAAUGUUCCCAGAGUACCACAUUUCAUUUCUCUGGCCUUGACAGCAACGGACCUUCCUUGGUUGGCUCCUUACGUUAGCAUUUACAGCUGCAAUUUUGAUAUUGGCCGGGCAUACUUGGCACAAUUUGUUUUGGGACAGCCGAUACGAACAACGGCUCCAAUCAUUUUGGGCAAUAGCCCCUGACGAGCCUUGGCUGUUGGUUGCUCUGGCUGUUCCUGUAGCCUGGGUGCAAUUUCACUGGCAAGAAUUGGAAUGGUGGCGCACGCAGGGGUGGCGCAAAAUGGCUUCUGUUUGGGAAAAGAGUGGUGUGUCAUACAAGCCAUGUAACAUUUCUCUUCGUAGAUCAUACAUAACACUUUGAAUACUUACGAAAUGGACACAGGCUUACUGUGUUUGCCUGAACCUGAUUUAGAGUCAUCCAAUGUAUUUCGGGACCUCUGUAUUUUUGUCCUCAGAGUCACCUUUUAAGCCCGGUAACGAAAAACAUACAAAGUUGGGAUGCCUGCACAGGCCUUUUAUAGUUUUUCCUUUCUUCAAAAUCUGUGAUGUGUCUUGUAUGUUGCUUGUAAAGGCAUGUUGUGCCGUGCCUUAAAGGCUGGUUCGCACAUCUUUGCUUGACUACAAUCGACUGCCCCACAACCGAUUUGCCUCUUGUAACUGUUUGCAUCCGGCUGUGCAGUAGUGCAUCCGAUCAUAAAGGCUCACAAGAGGCUUAAAAACCAGUUGUGGUGCAGUCAGUCAUAGUCAAAUGCAGGUGUGUGUAAACUAUCCUCUAGUGUGCACAAUGUUGUUGCACACUGUUGAUAAAAGUGCAAGUCAUGUCAUCUGGUCGUAAAAAACCUGAGAAAACAUUGUCUUUUCUGGCUGUGCCCUGCAGAUGCACGUGCAUCUGCAGGGCACAGCCAGAAAGGACAUGUGUUUUUAUUUGUACUUGCAGGUACAAAUAAAACAAACAAUGCCGAGUGAUCGAUGUAUUACGUCAAGUUGGAUGUGUCAAAAUGCGUCUUUUUGGAGUACAUUGUUUGCUAGAAUGGCUCUUGCAUCGAUUUUAUGUUUUCAAGUUGUCCCUGUGUUUUAUAUGAGGCUCGUUAUUUCAUGUUCCAUUCACUUGCCCAUCCUUCACCUCUUUCUAAUAUUAUUGAAACACAGUCAUGUGUCGUUAAUGUGGAUACCUCACUGUACAGACCAAAUUUUUAGGGACAAACCAGGUAAAUACAUGUAUUUUUGUGUCAUUGUUAUGGACGGCUCACAUUAUGGACAAUAUUUUGGAAGAAUGGGGGUUUCCAUAUUAGCAAGACAUGACCCUUUGAUGCCUUAUCAAUGGUUCUUAGUCUUGUUCCUUUGGUAAGAAUAGGGUCAAUUCCCUGCUGUAAUCUUUUAUACUCGUGACAUUCCCAUUUUAAUCGAGUAGGUCUUUGCUACUUCCACUGCCUUCCUUUUCGAGGUCUCCGACAUGUUUUACGGCCACAUUCAAAGUUUACAAUGAGCCCAGAUUUAGAAUUUGUUUUUACAUCAGUGUCUCGUCGUUUUUUAUGAUGCACUGUACAGAGUUUUUCUGAUGAUGUACAACACCGGUAUAAGGCCAUACGGGGUUUGGUUACCUCAUAUAUUGUUUAUAUGGUUAAGUAAUGUCAUUGUCUUUGUGCUCGGAUGUGCCAGCCAGAUGUAGUUAUUAUUUACGAGUUGUGACUACUUUCUAUUCAAGAGUUGCAUGCAGGGCUAGUCAGCAUGACGCGUUGUCUGAGCCAAACAUGGUAAUGCAACAGCUCUGCUGCUAUAUAAGGAAGAGAGCAGCUCAACGAUAUACGAGGUCACAUGUACAGAAGACUGUCUAUUCCGUAUGUAAUCUCGAAGUGUGAAUGAAACCGGUGUAUUUAUAUAGGUAGUAUGGCAUAAGAUGUUCUUGACAUUAUUUUUUUUUUUUUGCAGCCGAUUUACUUUGUUUUUUACAUUGUUGUGCAGAGUGUUGUGGUUGUUUUCUGUUUGUACAUGACUUGCUUCUCUUGAGUUUGGUUUUGACAAGUGAAAUCUAGCAUGAUGAUCGAAUUUACUGUAUUUGAAUCAGCAUUUGUCAUGUCUGCGCACCUGUGCUCGUUUUCACAAAUUUUGCCCGCCUCCUUUUUUUUCUAUAUGGUCUCCACUUUUUACCUUUUCCCGACAUGGUGCCCCUCGCAGAUUAGGGGAGGGCGGCACCAAGAGGAUUACAGUGGUGUUAUUGCUGUGCGAUUUGCGCCAAAGCACUUACCCUGCUACAUUUUGCCAAAAUGGGAGGAAUUUGCACCACCAUUACGCGAAAACUUAUUUUCGCUUUGUUAAGACAGGGAAUAUAAUAAACCAGGACCCUACUACAUGGCCAGAUGGUUACUGUAGACUUGUGCGACUUUCCAAAACCCUCGGUUAUCGCCUCAAAUAACACCAUAUUCCACUUGAUUUCUAAUAUCAAACAUUUACAGUGUUCGGAAGUUUGGCAAUAUUUAUCAUGGCACCGUAGCAGCCGCCAUUACUCCGUACCAUUCCUGUGCCUGUACUUUCUGCAGCAUACAUUUUUUCACUAUCGAAUUUGUUCUUUUCGGCAAGGCUUGCCACGAAGAAGAAAUUAGAUGGUACAAAAUAUAUGCUGCAGAAGGUACGGGCGCCUGAGCGUGGUCCGGAGCAAUGGCGACUGGUGUGACGUCAAUGCAGAGUGGUGCGCGUGAACGCGCACCACUCUGCAUUAGUUUUAUAAGAACUAUACCUUGUGCAGGGUUCGAACUAUGCCCAAAAGCUUACUUUUGCUUGACUUGGCAGCCGGUAAGAUAGAAGUUCGUUUUUCAUUAAACUUGCCGAGCCUUCCAUCCCCUGUUAAAAGAGAAAGAGGGAGAGAGAAGACAUCUUUAAUAGUCCCGAGUAUAGGGUGUCAAGGGAGCAUCCACGAUGAGGCCACUAAAAAAAAAAUGCCUACCACCUUUUGGCAGCAUGAAAGAUUACAAAAUUGAUAUAUAAACCAUUUUUAAAGGUAUACACUAAAAACAGUUCCAGAAUUGUUAUAAACAUUCUGUUCGCAUUCGCUGGGGCUCGAUAGGCCGUCCAGUGGGUUAAUAACCCGGUAUAUUCAACUUCGUCAGUAAGUUAUAACUUUGGUUGUCCUUUUUCGUACCAAUUUCUGGCUCAACUAUAUUUGGUAAAAAUGGUGUUCAAAGUUCACCUGUUAACAUCUUCCUUCGUGCAUUGUUUUCACUCUGGUGGGUUGUUUCAUUUUAACGUGUCCUAAAUAAAAAUAUAUCCGAUUGCUGUUUUUUAGCGCCUGACUUUUUUUACUGCAAAUCGAUUAACUCCCGAUUUAAAGAGUAGUCUUUCGUGUAAUUGUGACUUGUACUAGUUUAUUUCUUAAGCAAGAAUAUUCUUUCUCUUUUUUUUUUAGUCCUGAUGGUAGCAUAUCCUUGUAAAGUAACUUUGUGAAAUAUUUUACCCUCUACUUAUGGGCCAUGCCGACUGCGCGUUGCCGCAAAAAUGUGUACCUUCACUUUUCCGCAUUAAAAAGUUUUUUUUCUUUUUGUGUUA